AUGGAAACAGAGAAACAAAUAAACAACGUUGAAGAAUUCUUGACAUUACCACUUUCUGAUACGAGUCCUUUGACGGAGGGACCAGACGAAGAAGAAGACUUUGGUUUUGCUACAAAUGAGUAUUUUGCUCAUAGCAUCAUUGGACGUGGUUCUUCCAGUACCGUAUGGUUGGCUACGAAAAGUUCUACCAAUGCUGAAUAUGCAAUUAAAGAAUUCCGUAAAAGUCUUUUGCGCCGCCAGAAAAGAACCGAUUUGCUUUAUGGUACAAGCAAGCAAGGUGAAAGGGUUCCUUUAGAUCGUGUAUCUUUGGAGAAAACACUGCUUCAAGACGAGCAGGCAGACCCAUUUUGUUAUAUACGAAAUGAGCUUAACAUUGUUCAGUCAUUAAAUCAUCCAAACAUCGUCAAAGUAGUGGAAGUCAUAAAUAAUGAAUAUAUGGAUAUGCUACUUGUCGUAUUAAAUUACUGUCCUAAUGGAAAAUUGGCCUCUGUUGAUCAUGGUAUAUCUUUCUCUGCAUUUCCAGAAGAGCGUUGCCGAUUUUACUUUCGUCAGCUUGUAAUUUGUGUCGAUUACAUCCACAGAGAAAACGUGGUCCAUAGAGAUAUAAAACCUGACAAUAUUUUGUUGGAUGCUGCUCGAAAUUUAUGCCUUAUUGAUUUUGGACUAGCAGAGUUCCUUCCAGCGGAUGGUAUGGUCGAUGUUGUAUCCUCAACACCAGCUUUUAUGGCACCUGAACUAUUGCUUUGUCCCCAUCAAAAAGUGGAUGGUAGAAAAACCGAUUUCUGGUCUAUGGGAGUUACCCUGUAUGUUUUGGCUUUCGCAAAGCUUCCUUUUUCCGGAUUUUCAAUUGCUGAAAUGAUUACAAACAUAAAAGAAAAAGAUCUUGAUAUACCUAGUCACGCAAGUGAUAAUCUUCGAAAUGUACUAAAAAAACUACUCGAAAAGGAUCCUCAACUAAGAAUAGACACUCAAGAAUUAUUGAAGGAUCCCUUCGUAGCGUAG